UUUUGUGUUUUCAGGGUUACUGCUUGUUGUAUGAAUCUAUGCUGAAGUCUGUUAUUCAUGCACGUGAUACAUGGCUCAAAUCGAAUGGUUAUUUAUUUCCGUCUACUGCUACCCUUUAUAUUGCCCCUUUUGUAGAUGAAGAUUAUGAAGAUAGGCUUGGUCUUUGGGAAGAUAUGGCCAGUCGAUACAAAGUUGCUAUGAAAAGCAUGAUCCCAUUUGCCAAGAAAUGUAUUUCAGCUAAUGUCGAACUGAAACAGCUGAUGAUGGAAGACAUAGUUGCCCCACCAGUUCAAGUUUGUUCCUUGGCUAUCCACCAAGUGACGCUACACGACAUAGAAAACAUUCAACAGAGUUUUGAGUUUAAAUGCUAUGGCUGGAAUCGUGUUCACGGUUUCAGUUUGUGGUUUGACGUUGAAUUCCCAGGAAACAUAAUACUCUCAACGUCACCAUUCACAGAAUUAACACACUGGUCCCAGGUUGUGCUGUAUGUCCACGAACCAUUCCAAACUGUACAGGAUACAACAAUCAAAGGCAAAAUCAAAUUGGAAAAGGGCAAACAACCAAGGGACUUGGCUAUACAACUGAAGUAUGCAGUUGAUGACAGUGAGAUGAAGGAGCAACUUUACGAUACUGGCUACUGGACCACUGGAAUAUCAGCUGUCAUUUCACCAGACAGAUAACUUGCUCCAAAAAUGUUUGCGUGUAUGUGUGUGUGUAUUCUAGUAUUAUCAUUAUUCAUUAACAUUAUUAUAAUGGCAGUGAGCUGGCAGAAUCAUUAGCACGCCAGACAAAAUACUUAGUGGCAUUUUUUCCAGCUCUUUACAUUCUGAGUUCAAAUUCCACUGAGGUCCACUUUGCCUUUCACCCUUUCAAGCUUGAUAAAAUAAGUACCAGUUGAGCCCUGGGGUCGAUAUAAUCGACUAGGCCCCUAUCCCAAAAUUUCAGGCCCUCUACCUAAAAUUAAAAGAAUUAUUAUACAGUGAAAUUCAAGAGUCUAUAUAAGUUUAUAUAUCACAGGGAAAGUGGACAUUUGACAUUUUGGAGCCUGACCCUCUAUCUCAGAUAAACCAAAUUGUUUCGAAAUCCCUUUUUUCUCAGAUGAAGUAUCAGUCCCCAAAAUGUCACAUUCCUACCCUUUUUGCUCCUUCUCCACAAACUUACCCCAGACUCGUGAAUUUUCCAAAUAUGAAAUUGGCCAGUGCAGAAUACCACCAUUUUCCCUCAGGCUCUACAACUACUGCUGCUGCUACAACAGUGGUAGGUUAGCAGAACCAUUGUAGCAUCAUAAGAAAAAUGCCUUACGGUAAUUUCCUCUGUCUCUUUACAUUCUGAGUUCAAAUCCCACUAUGCUCAACUCUGCUUUUCAUUCUUUCACGGUUGGUAAAAUAAGGCACCAGUCAAGUACUGGGGUCAAUUUUAUUGACUGUUCCCUCUUACAAACAUUAUUAUUAUUAUUAUUAUUAUUAUUAUUAUUAUGAAAGCAGCAAAUGGCUGGCUUGUUAGAGCACCAGAGUGUGUGUCAGUUUGAUCAGCUACACCUUGCUCCCCUCCAAUAAAUCAUUCGUUAUUAUCGAGGCCUGUGCCUAUGGUAGAAAUCACUGGAUUGGCAGAAUCGGUAGAGCAUCGGAUGAACUGCCUUGUGGUAUUUAGCUGCAUCCCUUUACAUUCUGAGUUUAAAUUCUGCUGAGGUUGAUAGCAUAAGUGCCAUCAUGUACAAGGUUGAUUAAAUCAGCUAUACUCUGAACUCUUAAUUUCGAAUCUUGUGCCUCUGUUACAAAUCAACAUUAUUAUUAUUAUUAUUAUUAUUAUUAUUAUUAUGUUGAGGAAAACAGUUGUUUGAUUUUUUUUGUGUGUGCAAGACUCACACCUAUGCUCCACUCCAUUCCACCCUCGCCUCUUACCGCUCUAAUUCUGCAGGAUUUCUAUUUAUGAUUUUUAUGCUUUACUGUAUAUGAUUUUUUAAAAUUUAUUUUAAUUACUAGCAUUCUUAAUUUAAAAUUUAUUUUAAUUACUAGCAUUCUUAAUUUAAAAUUUUAAUUUCAAUUUAACGAAAUGCCAAAAACUUUAUCCCCUCCAUUCCGCUAAAACAUGUGUAUUUGUGCGUGUGUUGGACAGAGAGAGAGAGAAAGAGAAAAAAAAGACAUGUAACCUCUCUCUCUCUCCAAAUCCACAAGAAAAAAGUAAAAAAAAAAAUUAAUUAGUAAAAAACCGGAAAAAACUCAAUCAAAAAACUCAAAACCAUUCUGUAGAAGCGUUUUUCAGAAGAAUCUCCCAAAACACCUUUGAUACAAGACUGUCAAUGGUAGUAUGUGAUUGAUAUACAAUGACAGAGGUGAUGUUUAUAAAACAUUGUCUUAGAGGUAUUUUCAGUAAAAGCUAAGUUUGCUGUG